GACAUUCAACAGAGAUAUGGAUGUUAGUGAGCAUACAAACAGUGAUGAAAUUGUUCAAAGUAGAAACCAAUAUGUCGUACAGUUUAUGUCCAUACUAACUGGUUACGUCUUAGUAAUUGAUGGAGGUGCACAUGCCGCAUGGACGUCGCCCGCUUUACCUCAUUUGACAAGUGAAAAAGCCAAAUUUUCUGUUACGAGCGACCAAGGUGCUUGGAUAGCCUCCCUUUUUUCACCUCCUGCAAUCAUUGGAUACGUGACAAAUUGUCUUUUAGUGGAUCGAAUAGGACGCAGAUUCACAAUACUCGUAUUUGCUGCAUCUCAUCUGACAUCAUGGAUUUUAAUCAAUUUUGCCGAAAAUUACAGCUUCCUUAUAAUAGCAAGACUUGUCGCUGGUUUCAGUUGUGGAGGAAUAUCCAGUUUUCUUCCUGCCUAUAUUGGUGAAGUUGCAGGGAAAAAAAUUAGAGGCAGGUUUCUCGCUUUUGACAGAAUUUGCGUCAGUGUUGGUGCUUUUCUUAUCACAAUCCUUGGAGCUUUUUUUUCAUACAAAACAAUGAACUUAGUUAUGAUUUCCCUGCCAAUUAUUUCAAUUUGUUUAUCUCCCUUUAUGGUGGAAACUCCGUACUAUUAUUUAAUGAAAGGCCAAGAUAAGAAAGCAGUUAAAACACUAAUGAAAUUAUCUGGAUUGACAAAAUCUGAAAUAAUCAUGGUGGACAUUGAAAGAAUGAAAACAGCUAUAGAAAGCCAAAAUCCUGAAAUUAGCAGCAUGCCAGAAUUAUUCAAAGAUCGAGCUAGUCAAAAGGCAUUAUUUAUUAUGCUUCUCGCGUUUAUGACAUAUGCUUUUUCAGGCACCAUAGCUAUUCAAGCAUAUGCUCAAGUAAUUUUUAAACAAAGUGGUUCUUCUUUGGCGCCAGAAUAUGCUGCGAUGAUAAUCACAGGUGUCCAAAUAUUUGCAGGAUUGCCUUCGACACAAUUGAUUGAUUAUUGGGGGCGCAGACCAGUUUAUGUAUUUUCAGGUAUAACUUCGGCUAUUGCAUUAGGUACCGUGGCCUUAUAUUUCUUCUUAAAAGACUUUCUAGGAACAAAUCUUACGUCUGUAAGUUGGCUACCUUUGUUUGGUUUGAUUUUAUAUCAAUUUAUGUGUAACUGUGGAAUUUCGACAAUACCCACUGUGUUUUUAGGAGAGAUUUUUUCUGUUAAGGUGAAAGGAAAGGCAGUAAUGAUUACAUCAGCUGCUGCAUCAAUAUUCUUAUUCACCACUAAAAUAAUGACACCCAUGCUGAAUGAUUCGUUGGGUGUUUAUACAACAUUCUGGAUUUUUUCAGGCGUUUGCCUUCUAGGGCCACUUAUUAUUGUAUAUAUUACACCAGAAACAAAGGGUGCAAAUUUAGAAGAAGUUUUAAUUUUAUUGAGUGGCAAGAAUAAACCAAAGCAGACUGAUAUUUCUCGUCAACAUUAAAUAUAAGUAUAAUACUGAUGGUAAAUAAAGACUUGACACAA